CGGUCGCGGAGAGCGUAUAAUUGUGUUUGAUCGCGCAAUGACGACGGCAACGGCGGCGACGGCGGUCGAGAGGGUCGCGCGCGCGGGUGGUGGUUGAAAGGUCGCGGCCUCCGUCAUUGAUAUGGUUAUAGGGAGCGCACUUUGGACCAAACGGUCGCGCCGACUUAAGAGGGAUAAAGCGCGACGGCGUUAGUCGAGAUCGGUUUAGUGUCGUCCCGGCCGCGCAACGCAACGCAUCGGCGCAACCCGAUCUUACCCGCUUUCGCGCUUGAUUUUUUUUUUCUCUAAAUUUUCCCCCCUUCGCUUUUCUCUCUCUCUUUCUCCUUCCGAGCCCGCGAUCUGUAUAAACCGGCGAGGGAUAGAACGCCGAUGAAUCAUGGACCCCAGUCAAGAGCGACAGUAAACCGCGCAACACGUUUCGCGCACGAGAGCCGAUUUCUAUCAGAGGAAAAAAAAGAGAGAGAGAAAGAAAGAAUAACAGAGCCGUAUCUUUUCCGCCGCUGUAUACGCGUUAAACGCACGUGACACACGACAUUUCACGUGGGCAAGGACGACCGUGUCGACCACGGCCGCCAAACGCGAUUUCACCACGCGCUUCCCACCUUCACGCUCCCGCGUGAACCUGCCACGUUCCCAUACCGACUACGCCAUCAUGUGGUCCACAGAACCGGGCAGCUUCACCUCCAACGGGAGCAUGAUCGUCGUGAGCAACAGGUUGCCGUUUGUGCUGAAGAGGAACGAGCUGAGCGGCCAGUUGGAGCGCAAAGCCAGCGCCGGUGGUCUGGUAACCGCGGUAGCACCCGUUGUCAUAAGCGGAAAUGGAAUCUGGGUCGGAUGGCCGGGGAUGCACAUGGAAAACCCGAACGAGCCGAUUCCCGAAUCCGAUCCCAACGAUCGCACGCCCACGGCUGGUCUGCUAUCACGAAAGGUUGUCGCGGUGCACAUUGAACCCGGCGUCUUUGACUCGUAUUACAACGGAUGCUGCAAUGGAACGUUUUGGCCCCUCUUCCAUUCUAUGCCGGAUCGGGCGACCUUCAUCGCAGAUCAUUGGCGCGCGUAUUCCAUUGUCAAUGAAGAGUUCGCAGCGGAGACAGUCGGCGCCUUGGAACAAAUCCACAAGGAACAGGAGAAUCAGCAGAACGGCACGCCAUUGGUAUGGGUUCACGAUUACCAUCUUAUGUUAGCCGCCAAUUGGAUCAGACAGGCGGCUGAAGAUAAGAAUCUCAGACUUAAAUUAGGUUUCUUCCUUCACAUACCCUUCCCGCCGUGGGACAUCUUCAGGUUGUUCCCAUGGGCCGACGAGAUCCUGCAGGGUAUGCUGGGGUGCGACAUGGUGGGUUUCCACAUUCAGGAUUAUUGCCUGAACUUCGUCGAUUGCUGCCAGAGGAGUCUCGGCUGCAGAGUGGACCGUAAGAACUUGCUGGUCGAACACGGCGGUAGAACAGUGCGGGUAAGGCCGCUGCCGAUCGGUAUACCAUUCGAUAGGUUCGUCUCGUUGGCGGAGACCGCACCGAAAGUCAUUACGUCGAGUCAGAAGAUCGUCCUCGGCGUCGAUCGGCUCGAUUACACGAAGGGCCUCGUUCACAGACUGAAAGCCUUCGAGAUGCUGUUGGAGAAACAUCCCGAGCAUCGCGAACAGGUGACGAUGCUUCAAAUCGCAGUACCCUCACGCACUGACGUUCGCGAGUAUCAGGAGCUGAAGCUCGAAAUGGAACAACUGAUCGGCUCCAUAAACGGUCGCUUUACAACGCCCAACUGGUCGCCCAUACGUUACAUUUACGGCUGUGUGAGCCAGGACGAGCUCGCGGCGUUCUACAGGGACGCCGCCGUCGCUCUCGUCACACCGCUCCGGGACGGCAUGAAUUUGGUCGCCAAGGAAUUCGUUGCCUGUCAGAUCAACACACCGCCGGGAGUACUGAUAGUAUCGCCAUUUGCUGGGGCUGGCGAAAUGAUGCACGAAGCCUUGAUUUGUAAUCCUUAUGAGAUCGACGAGGCCGCGGAGGUGAUUCACAGGGCGCUCACCAUGCCAGAGGACGAACGCACGUUGAGAAUGAACCACUUACGUCGGCGCGAGAGGAUAUACGACGUUAAUUACUGGAUGAAGUCCUUCCUUCAGGUAAUGGGAUCCCUCGAGGAGACCGAUUCCGUGGGCGCUACCGUGAUGCAGCCCGUGACCAUGGAUGAUUUCGACGAUUACUUGAGCAAGUACAUCGGUAAUAAUUAUAAAUUGGCGCUUCUAUUGGAUUACGACGGUACGCUGGCACCCAUUGCCACGCAUCCCGACCUGGCGAUUCUACCGCUCGAGACGAAGAACGUCCUACAAAGGUUGUCGAACAUGUCGGACGUUUACAUCGCGAUUAUAUCGGGCAGAAACGUGAACAACGUGAAAUCGAUGGUCGGGAUAGAGGGUAUCACGUACGCCGGGAAUCACGGACUGGAGAUCCUGCACCCGGACGGCAGUAAGUUCGUCCAUCCCAUGCCUGCCGAACUGGAGGAACAGGUUGGCAGUCUGAUGCAAACUCUUCAGGAACAGCUUUGCAGGGACGGCGCCUGGGUCGAAAAUAAAGGUGCGCUUCUCACGUUCCACUAUCGUGAAACUCCGAUGGAGGGUCGCCCCAAGAUGGUCGAGCUAGCUAAAAAACUUAUCGAGAAGGCGGGAUUCAAGGCCUGUGCCGCUCAUUGCGCUAUCGAGGCGAGACCGCCGGUCGAAUGGAACAAAGGCCGUGCUUCUAUCUACAUCCUGCGCACGGCAUUCGGCCUGGAUUGGAGCGAGCGUAUCAGGAUUAUAUACGCUGGCGACGAUGUCACGGACGAAGACGCGAUGAAGGCAUUGAAAGGUAUGGCCGCUACUUUCCGCGUUGCGUCAUCGCACAUCAUUCGUACGUCCGCGGAGAGACGUUUGCCCAGCACGGAUUCGGUUCUGACGAUGUUGAAGUGGGUCGAGAGGCAUCUCAGCAGGCGCAAGCCCCGCAACAGCAUCGACAUCCCGGGAAUUCCGUCGCGGUUUCGACGGGGCAGCGGCGGUGUCACGAUGGAAAUGUCUUACACUCCGCCAAAAACACCCCUCGAAUCGUAGGUGAUGCUCAAAUGUUCCCUCGUUAGCACAUCAGGUAUAUACCCGGCGCGAUAUAUAUCUAUCAUAGGGUUAUAAUGUACUCGUAAAGUCAACCAACACAGACGGAGGAGCAAGAGGUAACGAAGGGAUCGCUGUGAGCAGGUAAAAGAGUCGAAGAUAAGUUAACGAGACCCAUGCCUAAACUCCAGUAUAGCCGAGUAUAGCCGCUGAGGAGAAUGUCGCGAUCGGAAAGUCCAAAGAAACAAGACGGUUCUUCCUAACUGAGAAGUGUGAUAAUGAUAUUGUAUCACCAAUGGAGUCACCAACACGGAGACUUAACUAACGAUAAGAGAUACGAGGAAUCAAAUCUUUACGUUGAUUCUCCAGCUUUUAAUGUCGAUUGAUGUAUUUAGACCUUAGUCCGAAAAAGAUAUCGAGCUCGUACGAAGUACAUCGUGAUAUCGCGAUAAAUGUUUUCCGCACGACUAAAACUUCUACUUUGGCUCUAUAACAGAAAGAUGUAUAUAUUAUAUACCUAUAUUUUCGAUGUAAAAUGUAUUCUUACCGAAUUUAUAAUUGUAUCAUGUGAAAUAUGAUAUACGUAUUCUCCAUGUUUCUCCAUGGAGAUAUAGCAUUUAAACACUUGGGUUUUAGAUCCGCGUCGCUCAAUGAAAAGAUAAACACUCGGCAAUCAACAUUCGAAUUCUGCAUAUUACAUUUAUUAGAUGUGUUUUACCUCGUUAACGAUUUCUAUCGAUAGUAUAGAUAUGACGAAAUGAAAGAACUUGUCUUAGGAUAAUAUUUACGAAGUACGUUUUGUUUUUGAAAAUGUCUAAUUAAUUUAUUUGUCUUUCUUCUCUCUCUCUCUCUCUCUCUCUCCCCUCUUUCUCCUCCUCAUUUUUUUUAAUGACCAACUGCAUUACGUAUAUUACAAAAAUGAAUCAUUAGCUUUCGGACAAGCGUGACACUAAGAACAUUAGAUUAUAUCGUUGUUUUGAGAAAAAGACGCAUGUAUAAUUUCGUAUCACAUCCUUUGAUAUUAAAACUCUCCCUAACGGAGCAAUCGGAAUCAUUCUUCAUGUCUAAAGGUGCGUCUCCACCUGCGAGUAAGAACUCUCGAGAGCAAAAAGAAAAAGAGAGAGAGAGAUACUCUCGAGAGUCUCUCUCUCUUUCUCUCUUUUUGCUCUCGAGAGUUCUUACUCGCAAGUGGACACGCACCAUUAGAAUAGAAAUUUAGUUCGCCGUAUUGGACUGUCUCUUUAUAUAAUCCAGCAAUCGAGUUAUCAAGAAAUGGAGUGCCAAUUUGUAUUUCGUAUCACGCAAUUUGCGGCAAAAAUGAUAUCAACGUAAUAGUAAAGAACCCUAACACACUAUCAAGAAAUGAUAAUUCUGCGCUCUGUACGUAAAUCCAUAGCGAACGCAUAAAACUGUGGAAACGAAUGAACGAGAAAAGAGCAAAAUCUAAGCAGAGGUUCAAGAUAGAUUUUACACUUUUUUUUUAAAUAGGAUAAGAAUAUGCGAUUGUGUAAAAAAAAAAGAGACGAAAUAGGGUUACCGGUAGUUAUACUGGUAUAGUUGCUUUGGUUGUGCGUAUAAUGAUUAAUGGUAGUAAGUAAGAAACGGCUAAAUUAAGAUCUAUGCCUCCUACGUAUCUAAAAGAUAUGGUGCCGUUGCGCAUUUCUCCGUGCCACCGGAUAAUACUGACUAUAAACUGGUAAAAGCUGGCAACGUGUAUCCGUCUCUUGUCGCGCGAGCUUAUUUCGAACUGAGAAACUUUCCGAAAGUAACUCAUUGAGUAAAGUAGCGUCAUUAUUUGCACAAAACGCAAUUUGUCACGAUAGAGAGACGUCUUUGAAAACGUGACGAAAUGUAGCGAUUUUAACGGAUUACAAUAAGCAAAUAUAGAGAUAGAUUCGUCCUGAGGUGAAACUGUAUGAAAUUGUACGAAUAUUAUUUAUUAAAAAUAUAAAAAUUACCUCGAGCA